CCCAGAAGACACAAUGAGCGUUAAAGCUUUCAAGCUCGUUUCUGCUGUUGAGCGGGAGAUGUUAAUGGGAGACAAAAAUUACAUCAACAUCGAGUGCAUUGAGUGCUGUGGGAAGAACCUCUACAUUGGAACCAAUGACUGCUUUAUCUACCACUUCAUGUUGGAUGAAAAGGUAUCAGCAGCUGGAAAAAUAACUUUUGCUGCUACCAAACAACUGCAUAAAUACCUGGGCUUGAAGAAGCCUGUGAGCGAGUUGAAAGCUGCCUCUGCCCUCACCAGACUUCUCGUGCUUUGUGACAACACAAUAACACUAGUUAACAUGAUCAACUUGGAACCCGUCCCCACCGGUGCCAGGAUCAAAGGAGCUGUGACAUUCACGUUGAAUGAAAACCCUGUGAGCGGGGAUCCCUUCUGUGUGGAAGUCUGCAUCAUCUCCGUCAAGCGUCGGACCAUUCAGAUGUUCAUGGUGUUUGAAGACAGAGUCCAGAUAGUGAAGGAAGUGUUUACUCCAGAGCAACCCUGUGCUGUGGCUGUAGAUGGAUACUACUUAUGCCUUGCACUUACUACACAGUAUAUAAUUUUGAAUUAUAAUACUGGCGUCUCCCAGGAUCUAUUUCCUUAUUGCAGUGAUGAGAAACGGCCAAUUGUGAAAAGGAUAGGAAGACAAGAGUUUCUCUUGGCUGGCCCUGGAGGCCUAGGCAUGUUUGCAACUGUAGAUGGGAUCUCACAGCGCGCCCCAGUGCACUGGUCAGAGAAUGUGAUUGGGGCAGCUUUGUGCUUUCCUUAUGUGGUGGCUCUCGAUGAUGAGUUCAUUACUGUGCACAGCAUGCUGGACCAGCAGCAAAAGCAAACCCUGCCUUUUAAAGAAGGUCACAUUCUACAGGACUUUGAAGGAAAGGUGAUUGUUGCUACUAACAAGGGUGUAUAUAUCUUGGUGCCACUACCUUUGGAAAAACAGAUUCAAGAUCUUCUAGCUAGCCACAGAGUAGAAGAAGCCCUUGUUCUAGCAAAAGGAGCUCGAAGGAAUAUUCCAAAAGAGAAAUUUCAGGUAAUGUACAAACGAAUCCUGCAGCAAGCAGGUUUUAUACAGUUUGCACAGCUUCAGUUCCUUGAAGCGAAAGAACUCUUCAGAAGCGGCCAGCUUGAUGUCCGGGAGCUGAUCUCUCUCUACCCCUUCCUGUUGCCUACUUCCUCUUCAUUUAUCCGGUCUCAUCCCCCUCUGCACGAGUAUGCCGACCUAAACCAGCUGACCCAAGGGGACCAGGAGAAGAUGACAAAGUGCAAACGAUUCCUCAUGAGUUACUUGAACGAAGUCCGCAGCACUGAGGUUGCCAAUGGCUACAAGGAGGAUAUCGACACUGCUUUACUCAAGCUAUAUGCAGAGGCAAAUCAUGAAAGCCUGCUGGACCUGCUAGUUUCAGAGAACUUUUGUCUUUUGACAGAUAGUGCUGCCUGGCUGGAAAAACACAAGAAGUAUUUUGCACUUGGUCUCCUGUAUCAUUACAAUGGUCAGGAUGCUGCAGCGCUUCAGUUAUGGGUGAAAAUAGUUGAUGGAGACAUUGAAGAUUCUACACGUUCAGAUCUCUAUGAAUAUAUAGUAGACUUCUUGACAUUCUGCUCAGACCAAGACCUUGUGUGGAAGUACUCUGCAUGGAUUUUACAAAAAAAUGAAGAGGUCGGCGUACAGAUUUUCACUAAAAGGCCUUUGGAAGAACAGGAGAAAAACAUUAAUCCAGAUGAUAUCAUCACUUGCCUUAACAAAUAUCCUAAAGCACGUGUCAAAUAUCUAGAGCAUCUUGUACUGGAAAGAAAGAUAGAGAAAGAGAAGUACCAUACUCAUCUAGCUGUCUUGUACUUGGAGGCAAUAACUCAGCUAAAAUCUGAGACCACAGAUAAUUGUACAGAAACAACUGAACUGCUGUUUAAAUUACGAAGUUUACUUCAGAAAUCUGAUCUUUAUAGAAUUCGCUUUAUUUUGGACAAAAUCCAGGGCACAGACCUUCAUAUGGAAAGUGCGAUUUUAUAUGGGAAACUAGAAGAACAUGAGAAGGCUUUGCAUAUCCUUGUCCACGAGUUAAAGGACUUCCAUGCUGCUGAAGAAUACUGUAUAUGGAACUCUGAGAACAGAGACAUGCAGUACAGACGGAGGCUUUUCCAUAUGCUGCUGUCAGUGUAUUUAAGUCCAGGCACUUCGGACUGUGCACUAGUCAUGGCUGCUGUGGAUCUCUUGAAUAACCACGCUGCUGAAUUUGAUGCGGGUCUAGUUUUGCAGGUGGUGCCUGACAGCUGGUCAGUGCAGCUCCUCUCCCCAUUCCUGACCGGAGCAGUGAGACGAAGCAUCCACACAAAAAGAAUGACUCAGGUUGCACUUGGCUUAGCACAAGCUGAAAACUUAAUUUACAAGCAUGAGAAGGUUAAACAAAGAGGAACCCCCAUUCUUCUUUCAGAGAAAAAAGUCUGUCAGGUGUGCCAAAAUCCCUUCUGUGAGCCUGUAUUUGUAAGAUACCCAAAUGGGAGUGUGGUCCACACGCACUGUGCUGCCAACAGACAUCUGAAUUCAAAUGUGACUCAUCACUCUUCCAGCUCCAGCAAUCAGACUUGAACUGUGUUCCAGUCCCACAGGUUCCCAUGACUUACACCCUAUUGAAAGUGGGCUGGAGAGAAAGGAUGAAGUGCAGCUACUUUAAGUAUAAAUCAAGAUGGACAGCUAGUUUUUUGGGUUAAAAGGAAAACUUCCAGUAAAUAUGAAAUAUUGCCACUUAUCUUUCUGAUUUCUAAUGAAUGUAGAUAGAAAAAAAAUUCACUACCAGACAUGGAGAGGUGCAAAUAUGGGCUCUUCUGUAUAUAGGAAUAAACACUUAAAGAAAAUGAGCCUUUUCUUCACAGUCAGGAUGAAUGUUAUGGAGCCAAGGCAAACAGUUAUUUUAAGAACUGUCACUUUGCACUGAAUGUGGUGUUCAUAAGUUGGUAGAGGUGGAGAUGGCAUCUAUUGAGUUGGAAUUCUUGAAACAUGACAGGACAAGAUUGACAUGGUGCAGCUUACCAUCAAGACAGAAACGUGUGUCAAUUAUAAUGUUUGCUGCAGCAUGUCUUCUUUUGGGCUGGAUUCUCUUCCCCAGGAUCACAUUAUGAAGUUCAUUUUUUUUUACUCUACAAAAUGUUGGGUCUUGAUGCACUUUUUAGUACCUCCCUCCCAUCCACCUAUAUGGAAUUUAAAUUUGAGCACUGGUCUGUUGGUUUUCAGCUCCUGCAGUUACUGUAAUAAACUGAGUGGAAGCUGACAGCCUCAGUCACACAGGUGUGCUUGGAAGAAGAAGAAAAAAAAACAAAGAUUGUCUGGUCAGACUGUAGUCACUUUUAUAUGGGGGAAGAGACCUUAACUUUAAUAUUGAUUUAUUUAUUAAUAUGCAAAUUUACUGUACAUACAGUUGAAUAAAUUGAUCUUAUCAUUGUAGAGUUUCUUUGGAGGAUUAAGAUGUAGUUGAUACAUAAGUGUACAGAUUAUGUGCAAAGUGUUUGCUAUAACAUAACUUAGGCAGGUUGGAACUUCACAAGAACAGGUUUUAGUCCUUGUUGAUGACUUUGUGCAAUCAAAACCACAGAAAGAAGGUAUAAUUGGCAAGAAAUGUACAAAAGUGCACUACAGGGGUACUGGAUUUGUUAUAUUCUACUAAACAUUCUGUAAACUAAGUUUUUUCAAAGAACAACACAAACUCCUUAUUUAACUGCCCUCAUCUGUAUUCACAUUGCUAUUUAACCAUUUUAAAGCAGGAAUUUAAAAGAGGCUGCUUUCCCCAAGAGAAGCCAGAAAAAUGACAAUUUUAAAUAAAAGUUAAUAUUUCAAAGUUAAAGCAUUUCUUUUCAUUCUGUAAAGCUCUAAUAAAUGCUAAGCUUACUGACCAGCAUGCAGCUGCUUCCCCAUUUCAGCAUUCCAAAUCAGUGGAGACUUACAGCAAAAUGGAAUAUUGUGCAUGGUACUUCAUAGAAUUAUAGAAUAUGCUGAGUUGGAAGAGAUCCAUCAGAAUCACCGAGUCCAACUCCUGCAGGACACCCCAAGGAUCACACCACAUGCCUGAGAGCCUUGUCUAGAUACAGUCUCCUUUUAUAGAAAGGUUGGCUUACAAAACUGCCUUCUAAGUGUAGUGCUGCCUCCAAGAAGGGGCAACCAGACCUAAAUCCAGGGGAAAAAGAUAUCCAUGUCUUUCUCAUAGAAUCAUACAAUGGUUUGGGUGAAAGGAACUGUAAAGAUCACCUACUCUAACCCCCCUGCCAAGGUACAUGGGUACAAAGUCCCUCUCUGGCUCCCUUGUGGGCUCCCUUCAGGUACUGGGUGGUACUAUAAGGUCUUCCCAGAGCCUUCUCUUCUCCAGGCUGAACAACUCCAGCCCUCAGCCUGUCUUCAUAGGAGAGGUGCUCCAGCCCUCUGAUCAUCUUAGUGGCCUUGCUCUGGCCUCAUUCCAACAGGUCAACAUCUUCCUUGUGUCGAGGCCCCAGAGCUGUACAGAGCACUCGGGUUGGGGAGGACUUUACUUUAAAGCAAAAGACCUUUGAAUCUUUCCUGAUUUUGAAAUUAGGAAAGUAUAACUCUUGUGUUGAAUUUUAUUUAUUUAUUUUUAAAAACCCAAGUAAGGAAUUUUGUAGUGCUUUCUACUAAGAUAUGUAAGCCAUAUUUAGUGAGAGGCACUUACAAAGAAGUCAGGUAUGGGUGUUUCUGGCUCAAUUCAGGCUUGAGUGAUUCUGCUUUGGCACUGGUAUGAGCAGACUAUCUUGUAUUCGUGGGUUUUGAACAUUGUGUAUACAACUGGCAAUGAUGACAUAGACAAAUUUUUAGUCCUUGGUCCUCAAAAUAUUUACUGAUAGAGAAGAAAUGGUUUUUACAAAGACUGUAAGACUUGUGUGCAGUAGCCUGCAAUUCAUAAGAAAUACUUUCAUUUGCUACCAGCAUCCUCAAUGUGCUCUUUGUUCUAUUUAAUAAGGAGUAUUAAAACAAAGACCCUUCUCCAUGAUUUAGACUAAUUCUAGUCACCAGGUAGUGAUGAACUUAGUCUUGUCAACUGCUGUUGCAAUGGAAUAAAGAUCAUAUCAUUCCAGACCACAGGAAAGUUCUUAAUUUUUAUUGCAUGAAAAGGUAUGUCUGUAAAAGAUUAAACAAUCUUUUCUUAAUAUUUUUUUGCAGAUGUGUGUUUUGGCUAAAAUGCAGCAGAAAUAAUAAUUGUUCUGACAUACAGAACAAAUACAGAAAUUAGAAUAAUGCAAGGUAGCAUAUUUGCAAGCAUAGGUGUUUGAAAGUGUGAUUAAUAUUUAAAUUGGGGGCAUCUAAUUCUUUUAGGUCUUCCCCCUCCCCCGAAAUGUGGAUUUGAGAAGUAUUGACAUUUCAUUCAUACAUUGUUACCUGUUUCUUUUUUAAAUUUUAUACUGGAGCUCAUUUGGAUGAAUUAAUAUGGAAAUCCCUAGGUAAUAAAAGGAAAAAGAAAAAGAAACAAUGUGAGGCUGAGG